AACGAACGACAACUCAUGCGUGAUGACAGCUAACAGAUGGAGGAGGCCGAGAGGAUAUUUGAGGAGGCAAAAUCACACGAAUCAAACUCCAACAAUCUUAUAGCGUCCGAUUUAUACACAGAGUUUAUUAACCGAGCCUUGGCAUGUCCAAAUCGACAGUCUUUGUCCGAGAAGUUAGCUUUGGCCUUCAACAACAGAGGAUUCCUGAAAUACAAAGCAGUAGACUUUGACGGUGCCAUCACUGACUACACAGAGAGUUUGAAACUUAAUACCAGUUCCUGCAUCACUUACUAUAACCGUGGGACGGUUUUAUACAGGCUGAGUAAAUUUGAUGAUGCUAUAAUGGACAUGAAGAAAGCCCUGUCAUUAGAUCCCAGUUUUGAACCAGCGCAAACUGGUCUACUGUGCGCUCAACAGGACAGAGAGAUUAAACUGAAAAGAGGCUGGUGAAGAUGCACCACAUACUGUUACUGAGGCCUUUACAUUAAAAUUCUGCACAUCCUAUGUGUACUUCUAUGCAUAACAGGUCACUCAGUAAAGGGUUUAUUUAUUGAAUAUUUUAAAUCCACCUGUGUGAUUCUAAACUAACUAAAAGUACUGAUAAUACUUAUAAGAUGUCCUUGUAUCUGAGGUGUUGAAAACCUUUUAUGACCACUGCCUCACAUUCUUGCUACUUGAAUUGCUGUCAUCACAGAUUCAAGCUGUUUUGCUGUCCUCUUUCAUUCUGUUGAAAUUUUACUAGCAAAAUAUAUUUUCCUUUCAAUUCUUCGUUAAGUAUGAUAAAUAAAAAAUAUAAAAACACAAAAAGAUAUGUAUUUAUAUUUUAAUAUGUGAAAACAAGGUGAUGCAAUGGCUUAUUGCACAGCCUGAAACUGAUCUCAGAAAUGUUUGUGUUUAUGAUACAGCUGCACAAAUAAUGGGUAGUUCUUUACUGAACUGGCUGGACGAUGGAACACAAUGAUACACAGAACACAUGUCUUCUUU